ACGCUGCUGCUGUGCUCAUCAGCCAGGAGAGAAAGCUCAACAUACCGGCAGCUCUGUUUCGACUCCAUACGAGAACUCAGCGCAGCGACAGCAGCACACAUGUGGCCACAAAUGGAUCAAGAGAAUCUGACGAACGGCGUAGAGAACAACCAGACUGACUGUCCGUCCAUCGACGACUUCAGGAACCAGGUUUACUCCACGUUCUACUCCCUCAUCACCCUGCUGGGCCUGGUGGGCAACGGCUUCGCCCUGGUGGUGCUGAUCAGGACGCACCGCCAGAGUUCGCCUUUCCAUGUGUACAUGCUGAACCUGGCCGUGUCCGAUCUGCUGUGCGUCAUGACGCUGCCGCUGCGAGUUCUCUACUACGUCAAAAAGGGCGAGUGGAACCAGGGGGACUUCCUGUGUCGCAUCAGCUCCUACGCCCUCUACGUCAACCUCUACUGCAGCAUUUACUUCAUGGCCGCCAUGUCGGUCACACGGUUCUUGGCCAUUGUGUUUCCUGUGCAGAACCUGCGGCUGAUGACCGAGAACCGAGCUCGCCUCGUGUGUUUGGGCAUCUGGGUGUUCAUCUGUUUCUCAUCCUCCCCUUUCCUGAUGUCAGGUCAGCUGAAAGACCCGGUCACCAAUAAAUUCAAAUGCUUCGAGCCUCCACGGGCCGACGGCGUGAAAAGACUAGUCAUGCUGAACUAUUUGUCUCUGGUGUUUGGCUUUAUAUUGCCCUUCGUGGUCAUCUUGGUCUGCUACGCCGGCAUCAUCCACACCCUGCUAUCUCGCAAACAUACCGCCCGGCGCAAUGUGGGCACCGGUUCCAAAGCCAUCCGAAUGAUCGUCAUCGUCCUGCUGACCUUCCUGAUCAGCUUCCUGCCUUACCACAUUCAACGCACCGUCCACCUGAACUUCCUGUCUCGGACUGACACCACCUGCUCAGAGAAGAUUGCCGUGCAGAAGUCGGUGGUGGUGACUCUGUGCCUUGCUGCUGCCAAUUCCUGCUUUGACCCGCUGCUUUAUUUUUUCUCCGGAGAGGGUUUCCGCAACCGCAUGUCCUCCAUGCGCAGGUCAAAUAUGAGCAAUCACGCGGACCGGCUGAACCAGCUGAAGCCCAUCACGUGUGCAGAAUUUGUGGAAGGCCAACAGCUGAAGCCCAGUUAAAGUAGACCGAGCAGACAGGGAUGUUUGGGAGCUCAGGAUGCUCUAAAUGACGGGAAUGUUGGAUGAUGAGAGCCAUAAAAAGAAGUUUUAACAGAAGUUACUGGUUUAAAUUAAGAGUAUUUAAACAUUUUAGCUAAAAGUCUCAGGAGGAAGUUUUCAUUCAUGUUGAUAUUUAUUAUUGUAUACUUUGCAUGCCUGUGAAAUAUUUAGAUCUGCAUUAGAAGUACAAAAUAAGAUGGUUUAUGGUGUUCCAGAAGUUACAAUGUGAUUACAAACAGAAGCUAUAAAUUAUAUCGAUAACGUUUAAUAAUGGGCUGCAAGGUGGCUCAGUGGUUAGCAUCAUCGCCUCACAGCAAGAACGUUGUCGGUUC